CUCUUUUUGUGAGUGUCAGGCGGAAUGAAAGGCGGCUGCUUAUUGGCUACUGCUUCCUGUCACGUCACGGACGCUAUCUCCCAGAGGAGGAAGCCGUGCAGAGCGGUAGAGGUGUGCUGUUAGUGUCGGCUCGCUCGGUGAGUGCCCGGUACGGUGAGCAUGGCGGGGCAUGGAUAGCAUACUGCUAUACUCACACUAUACCUCCCUCAGGCAACGCAUCCUAAUAUCCCCCAACAAAGCCGCGCUUGUAAAAUCUCACACGCCAAGCUGUGUGUAACCCAUGUGUGGGGAGCGCCGUGUGACUAGAGAGCAGUCCAUGGGACAGCGAUCUGCACACGGUCUGUACAGGGUCUGUGCGGCCUGGUGCUCACUGGAUACGGCCGCUGAGUGAAUCCUGAUCGGCCAUGUUGGAGUCUGGCAGCAGGUCUUGGAAAGUCACUUUACACAGCUCCCACUGCUGCUCCCUGACACACAGACACAGGGGAUUGUCAGUCUAACUCUGACAUGUUCUUACACUACACUUGUUUACUAAUUAUUUUAUAUUUUACUCGACAGGUAUCGCUUUUUCCUGUUGACUGAUAAUGUAAAAACCCUCCCGUGUAUGCAUUAUUCAUAGGAUGCCAAAAUAAAGUAAAUUAAUAAAGAGAAGGCAAACUAAACCUGCCUUGAUUAGGUGACACAAUAAGCAAAAUAACUAACUCCUAUAGUAUUUGUUUUACCUGGAAUGUGGGUUAUGUUGUGUACGCUGGUUUAAUGUUGGACCUUUUAUGAAUUAUUUGACAUAAACUUGGGCACUACCUCCUUCAUUUUCUGCAUUACAAUAUGGAAACGGGCCAGGACUUUGGCAGCCAUGGAAUUCUCAGUUUGUGGCCAACUACUCCAAAACAUCUUUUGACACAGGACUAGGGAUCGGUUCCAGGGACAUGAUGGCAUUAUCAGUACUGAGCAUUUUGAUGCUUAGAUGGCUGUUUUAACAACUAUUACAAUUUAGUUACAGUCUCUUUCACUUUUCUAGUGACGGCAAGAUGCCCAAAAAGAAGACUGGAGCGCGAAAGAAGGCAGAGAAUCGCAGGGAAAGGGAGAAACAGAUAAGAGCCAAUCGGGGAAAUGUGGAUCUGGCUAAACAUCCCUGUAAUGCUUCCAUGGUAACUGCAUCCAUUUUUAUUACUUCUCAGAGUUGUAAAAUGUCCAAUUCAGCAAUGCAAUCUUCAGCACUUUAGAUGUUGUGAACUACAUCUCCACUGAUGUUUUGCCAGCAUUACGGCUGUUGGAGCAGUAUUGGAGAUGUAAUCCAUAACAUUUGGAAUGCUGAAGGUUGCCUACUCCUGCCUUAGACUAUUCCCAAUGUUUGGACUGUUUGUAACCUAAAUUUGGAGUUGCUUUGGUAAAACCUGGCUUCCCCAUAUGCUGACCUAUUUUAUUUGGUAAAAUGUAAUAUUUGUCUGCUUGCUAAAAAUAACAAUAGAAGUACACUACAUUUUAUUGCUGAAUUUGGUUUAAAUAUGAGGUGAUCUUUACCUAUAGACAUAACAUUGAACACAGCAGUGUUCCAACUAUAAAGGGGUUCACUUCAUGUCCUCUCCAUUAAUCCUAAUGUACACUUUUUUAAUUACUGAAGAAAUUAGUGUAUUGUUUGAUCUGAUACAUGCAAACUCAGAUAAACAAUCUCACAGAUAAUCUUCAAUGAAGAUACAGCCAAAUGCAAUAUGUGAUGCCUUUACCAAAAACUGAAUGACUGUGGAUGUUGUGGAUAGUUCUUUAUAAGCACUAAAUCAUAUACUAUAGGGACACUAAACAAGAAGAGGUGUUACAUUUAUAUUUCCUAAAGAAAGAGACUGUUCAGGUUCCUAGCCAAAUGUUUUUGUCAUGCAUAAGAUACUUGCUUUUUUUAAAGAUAAUUUAACUCUAGGUAAGGUUGCCUAAAAUUCACAGAUUUUACUAUUAACGUGAUGUUAAGUAAUGAUUUUUAUUAAUGACACAGAGGCGAGUAUUAUGCUGCACUCUUUCUUUAUUUCCCUCAGCAGCAAAGAAAAAAUCUAACAUUCAAACGGUAUGAUAAUAAAUAGCAUGAGAGGUAUAUCUUCCUAGCGACAGGAACAGCCAAUCAGCUUUCGCUCUCCAGCAUAAUAGGUGAUGAUGCGUACCUGUGGCGUACACACAACCCAUGGGGCCCCGGUGCGAAAACUGAUCUGUGGGCCCUCCCCCGCGCGCUUACUCUGCGCGGGCUGGGGCCGCAACACAUGGCGGCGGGCACCUGGUCGCAGGGCUGCAACCACGGUAUGUACGCCAGUGCAUGCAGAUACAUAUACACUUAAAGGACCACUACAGACACCCAGAUCACAUCAGCUCAAUGAAGUGGUCUGGGUGCCAGGUCCCUCUUGUUUUAACCCAGCAGCUGAAAACAAAUGUUUUUGUCGUGCAUAAGAUACUUGCUUUUUUUAAAGAUAAUUUAACUCUAGGUAAGGUUGCCUAAAAUUCACAGAUUUUACUAUUAACGUGAUGUUAUUGCUAUGUUUCACUGAGGGUUAAUCCAGCCUCUAGUGGCUGUCUCAUUGACAGCCGCUAGAGGAGCUUCUGCGAUUCUCACUGUGAAAAUCACAGUGAGAAGACGCUGAACGUCCAUAGGAAAGCAUUGAGUAAUGCUUUCCUAUGGACGGUUUCAAUGCGCGCGGCUCUUGCCACGUAUGCGCAUUCGGAGCAGAGAGGCGGAUCGGGGCGGAGAGAUCCCCAGCGCCAAGGGAGUCCGGCGCUGGAGAAAGGUAAGUGCUUAAGACACACACUCAUGAACAGACGCAUACGCACUAGCUAACAGACACACACACACACACUCUCAGUGACUGACAUACAUACACAUUCAGUGACUGACAUACACUCACUCACUUAGAAAACGCACACAAACUAACACACUCAGUAACUGAAACACACACACACAGACAUACUUUUUUUUAUUUUUUUUUAUUUAAUCCCCUCAGCCUCCUUACCUGUGGAGAGCUGGGGGGAUUCCCUGGGGUCUAGUGAUGUCACCCGGUGGGCAGGCUGGCGGGCACGCGAGGGAGCACUCUCCCCUCAGUGCUUCCUUUUCAGCUCCCUCGCGCGCUGCAUACUGAUGACGUCAUCUUCCGGCUACGGUAUCAGUGCGGUGCACGAUGGAGCUGAAGAAGGAGCACACAGGGGAGAGUGCUCCCUCGCGCACCCGCCAGCCUGCCUGCCGGGUGACACCAGGGCCAGCCUCGGGGGGGCCCUGAGGUGGCCAGCUCAGGUGAAGAGGCUGGCCACAGUGGGUACAUACCGACCCCGGUAUGUACGCCACUGAUGCGUAAUCUACUUCCUCUUUCUUGUAAUCCCGAACGAAAACAAAUGUGUCACAGGACAGGGGAACACCAACAAGAAGAGUAUGCCAGUAAAGGUGCAAUGUCAAAUCAAGCUGGAAGAGAGAGGAUAAAUAUGGUAAUAUCCGAGUAUAAAACUGGAUGAAUGCAUAAAUCAUACUAUCUGUCAUCAAUUAUAAAUGCACAAUAUUAAUUAGAAGUAGUCUCAACUGAACUGUAGACACUUAUAAAUUGGAUAAUACUAUACUUUUAAGCUUAUUGUAUUUGUUCUGGUGAGUAUAAUCAGUCCUUCAGGCUUUUUGCAGUAAACACUGUUAUUUUUUUUAUUUUUUUUCUUCAGAGAAAAGGUAGUGUUUACAUUACAGCAUAGGCUACUAUAGGUGCUUUCUGGGGCAGUGCUGCACAGUGUGCGGCACUUACAUUCAGUGUCUCCACCUUCUACAUGGAGACACUGAACUUUCCUCAUAAAGACACAUUGAUUCAAUGCAUCUCUUUGAUGAGCUUCUAAUUGACUAAGACUGUGUUUGGCUGGCUCUGCCUCCUUUACAAGCUCAGCCAAUCCCAUGGGAAAGCAUUGUGAUUGACUCACAUCAACACUUCUGAUGAUGUCAGCCAAGCAGACAGAGCCAGCAGCAGCGUACUGGAAUAAAGGUAAGAUUCUGCUAUAAUUAGGCGGGGCAGAGGCGACUGAAUGGUGUUUUUAACACUACAGAGUAUGGAAUACAUGUUUGUGUUCCUGACCCUAUAGUGUGCCUUUAAUUGAUCUGGCACUUAAUAAGCACUACUUUCAAAUUAACCUUAUUGGUGUCUUUCUUAAACAAAUAUGUGCAUUUUUUAUCAUACUCUGCUACCAAACUAGCCAUAUAUUCUCUUAUUUGAAACAUACUUGCAAACACAUUUAUACAUAUGUAGCUAUUUUUUCAUACACAGGCAGUACACUUGGAUUAUGUUUAUAUACAUUUAUUCAUGGACAGAAACACUUGCGCUUAAUUUUCUCUUUCCCGCUACUGCUUAAAGGGGAACUCUAAGCACCAUAAACCACUACAAUAUUUGGUAACUGUGUGACACUUACCUGGGUUCCCGGAAUGCAGGUGGUCCUUACAGUCUCCUCGGUACAGCUCAAGUAGAAGUUCUCAUUCCACUUUAUAUAAGUCAGUUGUGUGCAACUUUUCAUAAUAUGUUUGACUUAGGACAUCAGAAUGUUUUGAAAAGUUGCACAAAAUUGAUAUAGCCAAAGCAAAAUAAGUACUUCCAUUUUAACUGUAUCAAGGAGACCAGAAGGACUGUGGGCUUGGAUCAGGUAAAUGUCAAAUAAUUCACAAAUGAUUUGACUCCUUACUGAGGGAUAGCGGCUGGGGAUUCCUGGCACCAUAACCAGUAUGACGGGCUGUAGUAUUGUUGUUAGUGCCCCUUUAAAGCAGCAGUGUCAGCUGUGGAGUCUUUGCAUUCUUUUGCAAAUCUCUCACCAAGGUGUAUGGUGUAGGCUGGGGAGGGUUAGUUGGGGAUAUUUCUUGUGCUCUCGAUCCUUGGUGCCAUUAUUUUCCUGCUGCCAUGCAUCAUCUCCUAUGUGCAAGAGUACAAAAUUAGGCCUAUGGGAUAUCACUCAAGACUGCAUGAACUUUAAUAGAUAACCUUAUGCUGCCGCAAUGAUGUGCCAUAGGCAUAUAUUGUGCAUUGCGUCAAAUAAUGCCUGUAUCCAUGAGUUGGCGCUUGUGAUGAUUGAUGAAAAAUAGCAGGAUGUGGUGAAAUUCUACCCAAUUCCAAUUUUUUUCUGAAGAUUGACACUUGAAUGAGGCAAAUAGUUUCUUCACAGGUGAAGUGAAUAAUAUUGAUUAAAUCAUUACAAUGGCACGUGUUAUCUCUAAUGAGACAGAGAGGGGUAUGUUUUAUAUAUACACCCAUAUAUAUUCCCUCCAAUGGCCAUUGGAGUAACUAAAUAACCUCCAUUUGUUUAAAUAUACAUAGGGAUUUAGGAGAGGGCACCGGUAACUUUUUUUCUUUGGUUUUUAAAUAUUCUUGAAAACAUGAAAAAAUCUGACUGGCAUGUUUAUUUUGUGCUUUUACCACUUUAAAAAAAAAAAAAAAAAAAUUAUUAAACCUGUUCAGUUAACAGAAGAUUUGUGUAGAAAUUGUUUCCUUUUUCAAAAUGGUAAAUAUACAGAGUAUCGGUAAGUUAUCGGCCUGAAAGUUCACAGGUUAUCGGUAUCAGCUCUAAAAAAAAAAAAAAAUCCAUAUCAGUCGAUCCCUAUUUUGGAGUCUAUGCCUCAACGCAUCAGAGCUGUUUUGGCAGUAUGAAGGAGAACGACAUGGUAUUUGGCAGGUGUUGUGUGGAUGAUCAGUGUAUGCCAGCAUAUAAAUCAACACUCCAAAAAUAAGAGGUGCUCUAUAUGUUUAGGCCUAUAUUUGCUAAGUCGACCCCUUCCCGCAAAAUAAUGUGUAGCAUUUGGGUCUAGUUUGGAAUAUAAAUUUGUAUGAUUUAUAACUUGGGCUUAGGCUAAGCAACAGAAUUUAACAAAUAGUCCCUGUUUACAUAAAGUGAAUGGUAAGCUAGUGAUAAUUUCUCCAUAGCUGAUGCCGAUACAGAUUAUCUGUCACCGUUCAGGCCGAUUAACGAUAUCCGGUGCCAAUAUUCUGUUUAUUUAAUUUUUUUAUAAUGGAAACACAAUUUCUUCACAGAUCUGGCAUUUACUGAACAUACUGACCACAGUCACAUUCCUAUCACUCUCAGGCAGUCAGUUCAUGCUUGGUCAGUGGAGUAUCUGUAUACAGAAGAUGGUAUAUGGAGACUGGGAGAGUAAUCUUUCUUUAAUAUCUGUAAAUUACAAGACCUAUACCGAUUAUGGUAAAUAUUCAGAUUAUCGGCUUUAAAGUACCACUAUAGGCACCCAGACUACUUCAGCUCAAUGAGGUUAAUCCAGCCCAUAUUAAGAAUGCUUUCCUAUGGACUGGCUGAAUGAGCCGCGUGUGCGCAUUCGGCUGAUGACAUCGGAAGGAGGAGGAGAGUCCCCAGUGCCGAGGGAGCCCGGUGCUGGAGAAAGAUGAGUGUUUAACCCCCUUCCUCCCCCUUCAGCCGAGCGGGUGGGGGCACCCUCAGGGCACUAUAGUGCCAGGAAAACAAGUUCCUCCAAUUGUCUGAUCUGGUAUCUAAUUGUUAAUUUCUCCCGUGUGUGUAUGUAUGUGUGUGUGUAUAUAUAUGUGUAUAUAUAUAUAUAUAUAUAUAUAUAUAAUGUAUAUCUCCAAGAUUUAUGUGCAUAAGAAAGGACCUUUCAUGUGGUAACUAACACCAGAGUCUAUUGGUAAGGAAUUUACUUAUUAUUUUAAGAAAUUCUGAUUCCCCAAAAACUGGACACUUCAUGAAUGGGGACCCAGUGGAGACCCUAAUCUGUAUAUUGUUUCAAAGGUACAAGUGACUGCUACUUGGCAACACCAGUGCCACUAAUUUUUUUAGAAAAUUAAAAUACGUCAAAGGAACAGAUAAAGUACAUUUUUAUAAAUGAUUGUAAUGGGGACUCAAGGGGACCUUCAGAUUAAAAUCAUUGACCUUCAAUGUGAAUCAGACUUUUAAGUAAAAUAUAAUGACGUGUCUAGUAUGUAGAAAAUUGAAGACUUGGCAAUUUAAGCAUGCAUGCAGCAAGAGUCUUCUCCCUCUUCAAAAAACAUUUUUAUGUGAACUGAAUGAAGCACUCGAAGUCAAAAUUGAGGACAAUUUCUGAUUUGCUACCACAGAAGUAUUUCCUAGCAUUGAUUUAUUAGUUAAAACAAAUAAGCAGAGUCAGUGAUCUCAUUAAACAAUUUUUCAUUCCUUGCAUUGCUGUUUUAGUGUACGAGAGUUUUCUAUUGUGUGGCCCAUGACAUGUACAAAGUUUUUUAAAGUUAUACUUGACUGCCAAAAGGUUGAGCACCCCUGGAUUAGAGUGUCAGCUGACACAAUGAAUUUAUUCUACCUAAAGCUUUGCUUUCUUUUACUUUGUGCAACUGAGACGGGUAGGAACAAACUAAAUUUAAUAAAUGUGGUAGCAGCUGUGACAUCUUUCUAGCUUCUUCUCUCCUGCCACUCAUAAUGUCAUACAUGUCCUUUGAGUAUUUGUUAUAGCGCGGUGUGAAAUGCUAAUUAUUUUAUUGUAGCAGUUUUUCCAGGGAUAAUUUACCAAUGACUGCUUUCAUUUUAUUGUUUCUUUGAUUGGCAUGGGCCUAUAGUUCUUAUGUAAACAUAUACACUGCAAAGUGAUAAUUUACUCUGUGGGACCGAUCACAUAAAGUACAGGGUAAGAAAGCAUGGCUGGGAUUUGUUUUAUGUAAAUGCAAGUUGUAUUCUCAUAAUUUUUUUUUUUUUCUUUUUUUACAGGAGUGUGACAAAUGUCAAAGGUAAGUUCAAUACUUUCAUUAUUCAGUUGCGAUUUACAGUGCUCGUCAAUAACUUUCACUGCCAAAUAAUUUUUAUUUUUAUUUUCCUUUUCCUCUUUUUUUAUGUAUGAAAUGAAGACGGCAGAAGAACAGAGCAUUUUGUUAUUUUUGCAGUUCUGUGCAAAAGUUACCUAUGUGUGCUCAGUGUGGUAAGUGGGGAUGAACUGUGAGAGAAAGGACUAAUCUAGCAUAGGAUAAAAUUAGAUUGUCUCAUGCUACAUUGAUACCUGCAAUGUGUACUCAUGGGGGUUACGUAUAAGGAACAUUUCUGAAAAGUGAUAAAAUUGGAGCCACAGUCAUGGACAUCUAGUUGGUUUCCACAGUUAUCACAUAUGAUUCUGUUUCUUACUGGCUGCCUGUUACCUUGAGUUAAAGGCAUUUAAUAAGGAGCUUAUUUAGUUUUUCUUUGUUUGAAGUACAGGCAGCAAUACAUUACAAAAUCAGAAUGGAUUCUUAUGUUUAACAUUUAACAGUGAUUUAUAUGACACUCCUAAAGUAAACUGCAAGGGUUGGUGUCUUCUGUAUAUAUGAUCUAAGUACUUUUUAUUUAAGUUAAAUAGUGUUAAAUAACUUUUUUUAACUUGCUCAGGCAGUCCCCCUUCAGCCACUGCAGAAGCCGGCUAUUCCGGCCAUGUGAUCACGAGAACCUUUGAUCACAUGGCCGAGGAGGGCCAUAUCGGAUCGAGGGAGAAUGCCUGAGCUCCCAGUUAGUCCUCAGGAUCGCCACCGCCGGAUGGGACGUUCUAUGCAGCCCUUCGGCGUUUAGAUCCACCCAUUUAAGGACGGCAUAGAACACCUGCCGUCCUUAAGGGGUUAAAUUAACAUCUGAUUGACAAUAUUUUUUCGUGCAGGUUGUGUGAGUCACAGGAAGAGGAGGUGUGGCUAGGACUGUAUAAACAGAAACAAAAAUUAUUGAAUGCCUAAAUGGCAGUGAGACUGCAGGGGCAUGAGCUAUACACAGCUUUAUUAAGCUACAGUUGUUUUGAUGCCUUUAGUAUCCCUUUAAAAUGGGAACAAUGCACACUACACAAAAAACACAAAACAAAUUUGAAUCUUACAUGGUUUUACGUCGCUACAAGAAAGCUUACAUUUAAGGAGAGCUUUUGGAAGCAGUGUAGCAGUUACGCUAUCUUCUGUGUCAAGAUUAGUAUAAGACUCCUCCAGUAUUCAGAUACUUGGUUGGUUAAAAGGCAUUUCCUCACAUACCCACGGUCACUAAUAAGGUGAGGUGAAUAAUUUAAAUCAAACAAAUCUAAUUUUUUUUUUUUUUGUCCUCCUAAAUACCUCAGUUUACCUUAAAAUUUUCUCCAGAAUAUUUCACACUUAGAAGCAGCAAUGAGAUAGGGAUACUUAAAAAGGCAUUUCAUUUCGACUGGCGACAGGAUUACCUCACUUUUUUAGGCCAAAUUUCUUGUUUAAGAUGAACUAUCAAAAACUGCACACAUAGAUCGACAACACAGUUAAGAUAUGGGAAGGGAAAUACAUAUCGUGGAUGGGUAGAUGUGCAGCAAUCAAAAUGGUAAUACUACCUAAAAUCCUGUACCUAUUUUGCAUGCUACAAAUAUCUGUCCCUUUAAAGUUUCUUAAGUCCAUCCAGACAACACUGGUGUGGUUUAGAUGGCAAAACUAAAAACCGAGAGUGCCCUGGAGGCUUUUAUCUCGCAAACUACAGGAAGGGGAGCUGGGAUUCCCCAACGUGAGGGAAUAGUACAGAGCCACGCAAACGGCCAACAUCAUCACAUGUCACUCCCGGGCCUACACCCCUCAGUGGGUGGACCUGGAAUCACAAGGCUUAGAUGGAGCAUGCCUAUCACAAUUUCUCUGGAUACCCAAAGCAUUAAGACCCUCCCCACGCCAAAUGCUGCCUGCCACCAAACUGUUGAUUUCCAUUUGGGAUACAAAUAGACACAGAGUCUGCCUACCAAAUGGUCCCUAGCGACUCCACUGAAAACCAUAUUCUUACUUAACCCCACAUUUAACUUUAGACUUUGGGCAAAACAUAGAGUGACUCAUGUACACCAUGUGAGCCAACAGGGUGUCAUUAGAAUCUUCCAAGACUUGAGGUAUCAAUACCAACGGCCACACGCCACCCAAUUCUCAUAUACACAACUACACCAUACACUUAGGAUUGAGAAAACCCACGGGGGGUGGGAGGGCAAACCCACACAAAUGACCCAGUUUGAACACAUGUGCCUAAACGUACAAAAGCAGAAGAAAAUACUCUCAUUCUGCUACACCACACUUAUAGAGGAACCCCAAGACCCAGUUUGGCCCUAUCAAAAAGAAUGGCACAAGGAUAUAGGGAAAGAGUUAACACCCCAGACAUGGAAAAAGGCCUUUGCAGUGUUUAAAGGCCGGUCAUCUUGCGCCUCACACUUUGAGAUCUCAAGGAAAAUAUUUUAUUGGUGGUACUUGACACCAGACAAAAUAGCCAGAAUGUACCAUACACCAGACAAUAAAUGUUGGAGAUGCCAAGAAAUCCCAGGUAACACCUUACACAUCUGGUGGACAUGCCCAAGGCUAACAAUAUAUUCGGCAAAGGUAGAGGAAAUGUUAAAAGUAAGCAUAGGUAUGCAGAUUUCUGCAACUAUUAUACAUACUUCUUAUACUGGUAGCGCCGGCAACGCUGUUAGCGAGAAAUCGUAGGUCAUCUACAAUACCCUCUUCAGGGGAUUUGAUCGACUUAAUCUCCAUGAAUGUGGAGUAUGAAAGAUGUGCAGCACUCCAAUGGAAAACAGGGUCUACACAGAUAGAGGUCACAGGGAGAAAUAUCCUCUGGAACCGCAAUAAGCGGAGUCAGCCUCCCACAUCGCACAACACAUAUUGGAGGCCCCGACGCCUUAGAUGCAUUCAUUGACAUGGAGCCAGCAGGAAUAACAUUCUGCUAAAAAGCCAGCACAAUAACAGGUGCAUACACCCCAAACACAAUAGGUAAGCACGGGUAGAUCUGUACACUAUACCAUAUUGUUUAUACUGCAAAGAGUGACCAAUCUUUGUAAAUUGGUUAUACUUUUCAUUGAACCGUAACUAACUGAUUCAGGCUUAGACGGUACAUACAGGUUUCAAAUGAGCUGAAAAGAUUUAAUUAUAACACUAUUUGAAUUUUUUUCUCAAUUUAUAGGUAUAUUCCGCAUGUUACUUUGGCCCUUUUUAUUGGGACGAAUAUUCUCUGGUUAGACCCAGCCAAGUUGAAUAUAUGUAUGUAGCGCUACACCUUUCUUUGUAUUUUGUAUUUUAGUUGGUGUAAGAAAGAUUACAUCUAGGUGUUACAGCAGCUGUUUGAAAUAAGUCAAUUUUUAUAUUGUAUAAUAAUUUUUCUUUUAGCGCCAGUAUAUUGUUUUUAUUACAUAGAAAAGAUUUAAUUGUUUAGCCAAGCCGAAGGACCACUACCGCGGUUCCAGACGGUGUUUAGAUAACGAAAGGUGUUAGAGACAGUGUCACGUUAUUAAUGAUGUUUUGACAUUUGGCUGUUUCAGUACAACGUUACCCCUCCCCCCUUUUUAUUUUUGUAUCCCAUUUAACAUGUUUUACUUUUUGGAAAACAAUAAAAAAAAAGGCACUUCCUAAUGUUAACAAAAACAGUAGUGGUGUGUUUUACACACCACCUCCUAUAGAAUGUAAGCUUGUUUGAGCAGGGUCCUCUUCAACCUAUCGUUCCUGUAAGUUUUUUUUGUAGUUGUCCUAUUUAUAGAGAGCAAAAAACGGGGCGCAAGAGAAAACUGAGAACAGGCAGCAGUCGAAAUAGCCUGCCCUUUGGUGGGUCCCCACUCAGUUCUCAAGCUGGUUUUAGCUCAGCUUGUGCCAUUACAGGGAGAACAUCUCUGAAACAUAUCAGACUGGUCCCACCCAUACGGGCAGUCCAGAUCCGAAAUGCUAGCAAGUUCUCUCUGCACGAGAAGUACAGCAACCCCAGACGAUCGUUUCAGCCUUGUUAGGCAUCAUCAGUAGCCCUUCCUUUAUGGAAAUAUGAGUGUUUUCAUUGUGAGGAUACACACACAUCUAGUGGCUGCCUUCCUGAUAGCCCCUUGUGGGUGCUUCUUUAGUGAUAGAAGUAUUUGAUAGGUGUAUUGCAACAAUUGCAACGCAUGCGCUUGAAGUCUUUAGUGUUCCUCAAUGAGAAGCAUUUGAUUGUACAGAAUGGCCAUCAAGCAGAGGUGGACCAGACUGCUCAGAAAAGACUGUGUCAGCGCUGGAUUGCAGAUAAGUAACGGAUUAAUGGAAGGGUUUUUGUAACAACAAAUGGGGAGCUUUCUAUUCGGAAUAACCUGGCUAGCACCGGGGCAAGCAUUUACAAUAUGCAUCCUCCCACAGUGUUCAUUUAAUAAUACUGUGUCCUAUUUACUUUUACAGGGAAAACUAAAUGUAUGAUGAAGUCCUCUGAUUGUGUCAUUAGACAUCCCAAUGUGUACAGCACUGGUAUGGCCAUGGUGGUAAGUAAACCCUCAUUUGUGCAUUAGAAGCAUUUUGUACCAGUCAAAUUUAUAAUUAACAUUUGUUCAGUGUAUUUUUAUUGUGUUUAUGUAAACAGUGGUUUAAAUAGUGUAAAGUUUUUCUUUAGCCUUUGGUAAUAUGUCGAUAAUAAAAGCAAGUAAUUUGAAUGAAUUUUUCAAUUAUGGUUCAUACUAUAAGAUUCACUAAACAAAUAGAAAACAAAAAUUACAAGUCUAUAUAAUAUCUGCCCAAUACUGAUGCAAUACUAAAUUAGAUGGAACGGUUAUACUCAAAUUUGCGCAAUUUAAACAACAAAACUCCUGUCCUAUUGUGUUUUAUACCCCAGCUCCUAUAGACUGCAAGCUCGUUUGAGCAGGGUCUUCUUCAACUUAUCGUUCCUGUAAGUUUUCUUGUAAUUGUCCUAUUUAUAGUUAAAUUCCCCCUCUCAUAAUAUUGUAAAGCGCUACAGAAUCUGUUGACGCUAUAUAAAUAAUAACAAAUUAAAUUAUUUUAGAGAUCAAAGUAGUUAUAGCAAAAAUUAAGUCAGAAGCCAAGCAUAUAUCUGAUAAUACUCCAAAAUGAUGUAACCCCCAAGUUAGAAGACAGACUAUUGGCAAUAGUAAUCUUAAGAGGCAAUAUGAUGAAAACCAAGGACUAAUGAUAAAAACCAGAGUCCUAUGUUUUGGACAGAAUUCAGAAAAAGAAUACAUGCCAGAUUCGGACAGGGAAAGAAUACUAACCCAAAUUUAAUAAUAUUAACCAAAAAUAGAUACUGAUGUACUGACAACAGAUCAACUCGGUACAAACAAUGAAUCUCCAGUUGGGAAAGCAUCCUCAAGAGAAAGCUACCAAACAAAGGGGAUAGAGGUACAAAAGAGCAAAGUUCCCUGUUUCAUUUGAAAUUAAUUUUUAAUCGGUCUGAUCUAAAUUAAACCACCCACCAUAUACCUUGGCUAAACAAGUGACUCCGUUUUGCUCCCUCAAGAUCACUUAAAAUUAUAAAAUGAUUAAAAGGUUUUAAUACAUUUUUAUGGAAGUUCAUUUUAACAAGGGCUUUUAGCAUUCAAAAUGCCAAAAAACCUUCCAAGACAAAACCCAAAUCAUGACAGCCCUGAGAAACAAAACACCUCUUUGGCCUUUUUUCAAGACCUCACCAAAAGCACGCUACUCUGGCGUAAUCAGUGGGGACUGUCACCUCACAACUGAGAAACGCAGCCAUCACCUAUCGCUGGGGAGCUCCGGGGGACACUGAUAGUACUCUACAAUGGAACUAAUCACACAAUUACGUCCAUUGAAGGGGCACCAGUCCUCCUGUAGGCACUGAAGCUGGCAGGGCAGAACAGGGGACUGCAACCGGACACCAUCACGGAAAACUGGGACCCAAUCCACAUCACCCCUUUUGUCCCGAGGAAUGGCAACUCGCAAGCCACAAACACCUGAACACACUCGGGUCUGGAAAUGGAGAACUGUCUGCGAGAAAACGUACUAAUCCUGUUGAGAUGUUGUUUUUAUUUGUUUUUCAAUCUCUUUCUUCUAUUCUUUCAUACCUACAAUGUUUAUGUAGAAUGCAUAGCAAUUGGUGGUGACUAGUACUGAACCAGCCCGAAGCUUGAAGUCUCCUGACUUUCUCUGAAACUGCUAUGUUUACAUGUGAAGGGUAAAAACAUGAAUGGCAUUGCACCCAGACCACUUCAUUGAGCUGAAGUGGUCUGGGUGACUAUAGUGGUCCUUCAAUGAACACACCAGCAAUUGUAAUAAAAAAUGUGGAUAAUGGUGGAGGGAUAGUCUUUAUGAAUUAUGAUUAUUUACGGGAGGCUUAGAAUAUACUUGGAGAUGACAAAUUCUAUAAAAAAAGUACUCACGAUCCAUCAGUAACCUUUCAAAAACAGAACUGAUUAAAUGAACACUAUCACUAUGAUUAAAUGAAGAUGGUGUUCCUUUAAUCAAUUUAACAUUGAUUAAAGGAACGCUAUACUAAUGCUAUAGGGCCUUGUUGAAGUUUGGGUGACUGUCCCCGGGGAGUAAAAAAAAAAAGGUAUUUUACUUACCAUUGCUUCCUUGCAGCACCUGUCUCCACCUCCUUGGCUGAGAUUAUUUAAAUCAAUCCCCUCAGCCAAUCCAUAGCUUUCCCAUAGGACUAAACGCCAUGCUGGCCAAUUAGAUGGUCUUUCUGAGACCAUCUUAUUGAAAUAGUUUUUCUCUAUUUUCAUUAGAUGCGCUAUUUAAACCCUGCAAUGAAAACACUGCUACUUUGCAGAAUGCCAAUAUUUUCACUUGCAAGAUUAAAGUUAUUAUCAUUAUCGUUAUUCCACCACAUCCCUAUUCACAAAAGUGUACAUAAGCCACCUGGGUGGCCUAAUCUCAGAAGCAAGUUUUAAUUUAUUUAUCAGCUGUAAAACUAAAACCUGCUUGCAAAUGACUAAUUCAAAGUAAGAGCAAAGCUCCUGGAAUGAAAGCUUUGCCUAACCUGUUCUGUUAUAUCCACGAAGUCUACACACGUAGUAACAGUUGUUUUUACUGCAGUAGUUCUUCUGUAAUCCUUUUUAUACUUUUUCUGUUUUGAGGGUGUAUGGGCGCACAGCAGGGUGGAAGCUGCACUGCGGAAAAGAUUAGUACUAUUCUAUAAUUCAUUGGCAGUUGCAGGACUGCGGUAAUGAGAUGGUAAUGUAGUAGAAGCUUAGUGCUAUAUUGAUGUCCAGCUGUUCAUUUGUGGACAUGCUAUAGCAUUUUAAGUAAAUGCAUUGGAAAUGAGACACUGGUAACGAGAAGUGUAACAUUUCUCUCAAAAUGCAAACAAAGUUUGUAAGGCCACCUUUAGGUAGCUAUGAAAUAUAUUAUUCAUUUAGAUGAGAAAUAAAAAUUAAUAUUAAUAAAAAAUUAUAUAUAUCAUCAUAGUAUCUUUUGUAUGCUGCAUAUACUAAGAAUUUGCAGCCUAUGUGGUUAGUUCUCCCCAAUUUUAGUUGUUUCGUUGUUUUCAAUGUGAGUUAUGUGAAUAUUCCAUACAGUCCUGUCCAGCAGGUGUUAUGUAUAUAUGAAAUUCACUCAGCAUGAGAUAAAAACAACAAAGACAUAACUUCAAUGAUCUCCUUCACAGCACCUACUCACUCUUAGAAUGUUGUGAGGCAGCAUGUUUUAGGUAUAGCAUGGGUAAUACUGUACUGAUAAGGAAAUAUUUCCCCAUGUAAAUGCCAUAAAGCAGGGAUAGGCUUAGAGCUGCAGCUGCUUUUGCAGAUAACUUUGGUUCUAAUUUUGAAAUAAAGGAGAGAGUAGUGGGGGCCUCCUUGCUUUAUAACUACUCUUAAGCAUCUAGUUACACUUUAGUACUGUGAAUAGAGGAUCACUACUUAGAUGGCUAGAUUAAACUGAUACCAUUAUCAGGUUUAUUUACUAAAGUGAGAAUUCAGGUUAACUGAACUAAAAGCAAAGCUGACAUGGAGAAUUCACUUUAUUGAAUAACCCUGUAUUUGUAUCCUAUCUGUGAACAAUAUGUUCCUUUUAGGAAAGCAUUGCAAAGGGCAUCAAACACAAAAACCCCAAAUAAAACGCAAACCUAGUGGAAUGUAUAACCUCUCCUUUUGAACUCACUAAUCCUCAUAUUCCAGGUAUUUCAAUUUUGAAAACCAUUACUUUUAGAGGUUUACACCUAUUAAGAGCCAUCAUCAUUUUCUUGCCAUUAGUAGAAGCCAAGACUAAUGCAGAGUUCAGCCAAAACAACCAUUAAAUAGCUGGUAACUUGGUCAUUGCCAGGGCUUAACAAAUUUGCUUAGAAUCUAGGAGCAAGCUAAAAGAGUUAGAAGCCGUUUUAAAAAAAACAAAAACAACUAAUUUUAAGUUUAAUUUCCAAUGAGAAAAAUGCAAUUCUUAAGGGACACUACUACAACGUAAUGUAGUUGUUCUGGUGUCGAUAGCCUGUACCUGCAGACCGUUCAAUGUAAACACUGCUUUUUUUUAAAUGCAUCCCUAUGAGGAGAUGCUCAUUGGAGAUGCUGAGAUCAUAAAUACUGAUUAUUUCAACCAUGGAGGCAGGACCAGCCAUGGUAAAACAGGCACGCUGUGGGAACAAAAGGUGAGUAAAAACACUUUUCUCGUGCGAUUGGAGGGAGCAAGUACCUAAACGGACACAGACACACACUGAUAGAGAUACACACACAGACAUUUUCUCACACACACACAAACGGAGAUCCCCCCUGGGGUCCAGUGGGGCAGCUCUCGCGUGAGGGAGCAGUAAUAUACCUGCAGCUCUUUGCACUCUCUGUAGUGAUGCUGAGGCUGGAAUGAUGUCAUAUUCAGGCUCCCGCCAUCAUUAAACAGCACGCGAGGGAGCAGAGAGGAGCUGCAGGUAGAUAAAUCCUCCCUUGCACAACACCUACAAUGCUCCUGCAGGAGUCCGGCUCCCAUGCUUCUGUGGGCAGCUGUCUUAAAUGGCUGACAUCCCAGGCGCCAUGGUGAAAUAUCUUAUCGUCAUGGCUACCUUGCGUCUGGGAUUUGAGCCCUGUCACAUUGCUAUUUCUAAUAUAUUUAGAUGGCUUAUGGAAAACAUGCUUUUGCUUUAUUGUCUAGGUCCCAAUCUGUGCCAGUUCUUAUGUUUCUCAUCUUCUUUUUUAUUUUUAAUUCUUUAUUUUUGUUGUGCACAUUGUUACAGAGAGGCUUGUGAUGCCACAACAGCGAACACAAGCAUGAUAAUGUCAAACAGAGGAAAACUUAAGCAUGGCAUGGAGACAAUGGCACAUUUUUAAGAAAAUGAGAAAAUAAUUAUAAACAAAAUACAUGGCAUGAGCUGAUCAUACUAUAAGUAGAUCUGAGUGGAUUUUCAUCAAUAUAACAUGUUUAUCUAAUGGCAAGGUAGAGAAAAUAUGAUGAAAUACGGGGGCUUUUCAUAAGAUCUACCUGGGCCAUGCAUGAGUAACUAAUAUCAAAUUAAAGGAUCACUAUAGGGUCAGGAACACAAACAUGUAUUCCUGACCCUAUAGUGUUAACACCACCAUCUAGACCCCCUGGACCCCUCAUGCCUCCAUAAAUAUAGUAAAAAUCUUACUGUAACUAUGCAUGCUGUUUUCUUGAAAAAAAAAAAAACAAGCAGUCUGCUGACAUCAUCAAAAGUAGUAGCCUGAUCCAAUCACAGUGCUUUCCCAUAGGAUUGGCUGAGACUGACAAAGAGGCAGAUCAGGGGCAGAGCCAGCAGGAUUCAAACACAGCCCUGGCCAAUCAGCAUCUCAUCAUAGAGCUGAAUUGAAUCAAUGAAUCUCUAUGAGGAAAGUUCAGUGUCUGCAUGCAGAGGGAGGAGAUACUGAAUGUUUGGAUGCAUUUUAGGCAGCCAUGACCCAGGAAGGAUCUCUAACAGCCAUCUAAGGAGUGGCCAGUGAAGUUAUCACUAGGCUGUAAUGUAAACACUGCAUUUUCUCUGAAAAUACAUUGUUUAUAGCAAAAAGCCUGAAGGUAAUGAUUCUACUCACCAGAACAAAUUCAAUAAGCUGUAGUUGUUCUGGUGACUAUAUUGUGCCUUUAAGUAAAAAAACAAGUGGUAUAACAUUGCAUGACAGAAGGCUAUUCCACCUGAAGGCCUCACAAGCUAACUUGAGAGCAGUGAGAUGCCAGGGUGAGUAAUGCCAGUGCUCCCAUCAAAAACAUAUUAAGCCACUUCUCCAGUUCCCAUCUUCUUUUCUCAUGUAACCUGCAAACAUGUCCUUCAUAGAAAAUGGAUCUGUGAUGUUUUUGCAAUCUAGCUGUUUUUAUUUUUUAGUGCUAGGUUCGUGACCAUGACUCACAGAUGUUAGUGAUCAGCAUUCAAUUCAUGUAGCAGAUUCUAGUGUUUUUAUUUUUCUUCACUGCAUAUUGCACCUUAAUUAAAUGUUCACUAUUUAAAAAAAUAAUAAUCAUACAGAUCCUCAUCAUGAGCAGUAGUUAUUUUUUAUUUGACCAGAAGAGGGUGCCCUCAGCUUAUUGUAUCAGUUUAUGAACUGCAACGUUACAAAUCUGAGUGUAAAUGGAUAAUCCUGAAAAUGUUGCAAUUUUUUCUAUGUCCAUUACAGUGCAGCCUUACUUGCCAAUUCUAACAUGUCCGUUUUAAAACUGUUUUGUGAAGAGGUGUGUAUAUACGUAUAUAUUCAUACACAAAUUUUUAUAUAUAUAUAUAUAUAUAUAUAUAUAUAUAGAUUUUUUUUACUCUUAUGGAGACUGGUGGAACUGUGUAAAUGCUUGUUUUUAUUAUGUAAAUUGAUGUCCAGAUAGGUAAUGUUUUCUGUGUUUUUCAGGGUGCAAUAUGUGACUUCUGUGAAGCUUGGGUGUGCCACGGCAAGAAGUGUCUUAGCGUUCAUGCCUGCACAUGUCCUCUCAAUUGUGCCGAAUGCGUUGAAUGUGAACGGACAGUCUGGGAUCAUGGUGUGUUAUUAAACUGCACUGUCAUGGUAUAGUUUAUAAUGUUGCUUCAGUAUGUGAAAGAUGGUGAUUUUAAUACUAGAGGGUCAGGGAUACAUGUUUGACUGUAUUGAAGGGAAAUUUUACUUGAAAAAGGGGAUAAGCCUCCUGGCCUUAGCUAAUUGUGCUGUUUACCCCUAUAGUUUGUAUUGAUACCUUUAUAUAUUGGGUCUUCUUAUAUGUUCCUAUUAUAUUCCUAUGUCAAUGCCCCAACCCCUUGGGCGCUGGUUCAGGUCUGCCUCCACUCCAGCCACUAGAUGUGGAGUUAUUAAAACUGCAAUAAUUACCUUUGUAUGGUUAAGGGACCUGGGAAUAUGCACCCAGACCACUUCAAUGAGCUGAAGUGGUCCGGGUGCCUACAAUGUCCCUUUAAGCAGAGUUUUGCAAUCCAGUUGUCACUUUGCAACAGUUCACUCUUUAGUGAAUAAACAUCUUGCAGACAGAAUAAAAAGAACGGCGCUAACUUACAAGAUCUCCAUAUUGAACUAUAUAAUUUAAUUAGGAAAAAUAAUGCAAACCCAGCAAAGGAUAAUCAGUUAAAAAUAGAGAAUAUUAAAUCCGAGAUCCAGGAAAAAAAUUUAUGAAAAAACAAAUAUGUAUAAACUCAAAUUUAAAUUCUAUCACAAAUCUCAUAGAGCUGACAAAAUAAUGUCCAAUAUGCUGAAAAAAAGAAAUACAAUCAAUCAGGUUGAUUAAAUAAUAAGUAACGAUACCAUCUCCCUUCUUCCAGAACAGAUAGGAAAAGCUUUUAAUGAGUAUUAUGCCAACUUAUAUAGUCUCUCAGUAACUACUCCUUCAGAAAUAAUAAAAGAUUAUAAUAAAUCAGCUAAAUUGAAUAAAAUAACAGAAAUAAAAGCGAAUAAUCUAAAUAAAGAGAUCACAAAAGAAGAGAUCAAUAUAGUAAUAGUCUAGAAAAUUAUAAAACGCCAGGUCCGGAUGGCUUUGGGAAUACAUUUUAUAAAACAAUAAAAUCCCAAUUGAUAGGUCAUCUAAAAAAUACUUUUAAUACUGCAGUUAAAAAAAGACAGAUUUCCAGAUGAAAUGCUAAAAGCAAAUAUCCUACCCAUAUUGAAACCAGGGAAAGAUCCAACUAAAGUCCAAAGCUAUCGUCCAAUAUCGCUAAUAAAUGUAGAUAUUAAGAUAUUCUCCUCUAUUAUAGCUAGUAGACUUAAAGAAGUUAUGAAACAUUUAAUUCACCCUGAUCAAACAGGCUUUGUUCCGGACAGAAUGACAAGCAAUAAUAUUAGACGUUUGAUAGAUGUAUUAGACAUAUCACAACGGAAAGAGAGUCCCAUGCUGAUCCUGUCUUUAGAUGCUGAAAAAGCCUUUGACAGGGUCAGCUGGGACUUUAUGAAAUUACCCUUAUAUCCUAUAUAAAACCUGUAAAAACACAAUGGGAAAAACAGGCAUAGGGUAAUAACGUACAAAUAAUAUAUGUAUGAGUAAAUACUUGAAUAAACUCACAUAUUCAUGAGCCACUUAAUAUGGAAGCUGGCUCAGACUAGGAACAGUGAAUGGAUUAGUGAGGUGGUCGUUGUAAUCCAACUGCUUAAUUGCUUGCUCCUUCUUGCUUUACAAAAUCCAGGAUGCAGGAUCUUUAAUGAAAACCUUUAUUCGGUAUAGCAGCAAAAAAAGACAGCAGCAGUAAAAAUUAAAAUUCAGCAAUUCCACCUCUGCACACUAACGCGUUUCAGCCAAAGCCUUUAUCAAAGUGUUCUUUGGCUGAAACGCGUUAGUGUGCAGAGGUGGAAUUGCUGAAUUUUAAUUUUUACUGCUUCUGUCUUUUUUUGCUGCUAUACAUAAAGGUUUUCAUUAAAGAUCCUGUCACACCCCUGAGGUGGCAGUGGCUGAGGGGUGUGACAGGUGGCAGUGUCGGGGAGGGGGUGACAGGUGGCAGAGUGAGGGAAGGAGGGGGUUACAUGGGGUAGAGUGAGGGAAGUAGGGGGUGACAGGUUAUUUAUGUCUGGGGAUUGUCAGGAAAGAGUAGUUAAGCUGUGGGUACGAUUUUAUGUUAAGAUUUUCCAAAUCAAAGUGCAUGCAUUAAAACUUUGAUUUUAUGCAAAAGAAAAUAGUCUACCAAUAAUUCUUUAACUGCAGAGAAUAGUGUUGCUUCAUUUUAUUGUUCCAUUAAAAAGCUUGAGGGGGAAAAAAAAGUGGUUGGGGGACCAAGGUCUAAAGAGACUUAUUUAUACUUACACUAUUUAUGUAUUUUGCUCAUACGUGAUAUAAAAAAAAUUAAGUAAAAUAACUUUGGUCAAUCUUGUUUGCAUAUUUGACAGCUGCGUGUUGACUGGCCAAAUACAGCAGAAUUGUUUCUGUCUCUGCCCAAGGCAUAGCUAGUACUUUCUGCUAAGUUCAAGACGUUGCUUUUAGUUUUCUUCUUUAUGUGGGAAAAAAGCCAGUUUAAUCAAGAAAAUUGAUGACCACCUCAGGCUUCUGCUUUGAUUUUUCUAAUGUGAACUGCAAACAUCACGUUGCAAGAAUUCAUCUAACAGAUCAGAUGUGCAAAACUCAUCUUGCAAAGUCCACUUAUGCUAACAUCAUAACCUGACUCUCACAUUGAUUCAUACUGCCACACAUCCGUUCUCAGUUUGUAUGAGUGCUUUGUUAUAUAUUUUUAAAUGAAUGACAAACACUGGGCAUGAUUAUAUGUGCCGCUGAAGGGAUUUCAUUGGAAUUGCACAGAUUGCUAUAAAAAUGAGUAACCACUGUUGGCCAAAAGACCUGUGCCGCCAUCUUGUUUAAGAAAAUGUAAAUUUAUAAGUUGCAGAUCUUGAGUAUUUAUCUUGUUUUUGCUCUCAUUAUAUGAGCACUAAAUAUACCCUGGGGUGUACUUUUGAAUUUACACUGUGACAUUUUUACUUUAUCUUGGCAAAUGGAAUGAAAGACAUAUUGAAUAGAAAAUAUUUAGAGCAAAUGUUUUGUGAAAUACUAAGUGUUUCCUUUAGAAACCUUGUCCUUCACAUGGAAAACUUCAAUGUUUAGUGUGAAGUUCCUCAGUCUCUCAGUGGAGUAUUAACAGACCUUUAUUACAAUCCACAAUAAUGAGUGGCACUUGUUAAAAUGAAAGAUGCAUGUUUUUUUUAAUGUUUAUUUGUAACUUGUACAUAACCAUGUUUAACAGGCAUGUAAUAUUUGUCACAGAGAAACUCCUAAUGAUUCCUAAAGUAUAAUUAGAUAAAUGCAGCAGUGCUGAUUAUGUUUCUGGUAAAAAAGAUAUUAAGAAAGACUUAACUUUGGGUAUUUUAAUUUACAGCGACAUUAAACAUGGCUGAUAAUGAUGUGAGAGACCCUUGGUGUUAAUACAGUUUUCAGAGUCUGUAUAUCUAUCUGUCUGUCUAUCUCCGGUAUUAUUGGUAUGCAGACAUUGCAAAUUCCUGAUCCAUACAGCUUACAAUCCAAAGUGAAAUUGUUAUAAGAUAUUUAAAAUACUGUGUCUUAUCUUAAAUCAUUUCUGAAAUUUAAUUUGCCUCUUAAAUUUGAGUUUUUUUCACUGUAUUCCUUUGGUUCUUUACUACAGUUUGCUGUGAUUUUAUUGCACUAUUUCCUAUUAACAUUGCCUCUGAAUGUUGUCCAUCGUUGCAUUCUUUACCUUCAGGUGGCAGAUUAUUUAGCUGCUCAUUCUGUUACAACUUUCUUUGUGAAGAUGACCAGUUUGAACACCAGGCCAGUUGCCAGGUUUUGGAAGCAGAAACCUUUAAGUGUAAGUUUUUAUCUGCAUUCCUUUCACUUCACAUGUACUGAUUGUAAGGUGUUAAUCUUUGCCAUGACACGUUUCUAUAGGUUAACAAAUAUAGCAAAACAUGGCUGCUGUGUACAUUCUAUAGUUCCCUGAAAGUUGUUGUGCUUUUUUUUUUUUUCCAAGUAAAAAUCUACUUGUUUUAUUUAUCGGUCACAGGUGCCUCCUGCAAUCGAUUAGGACAACAUUCAUGCCUCCGCUGCAAGGUAAGGCUCUACAAACAACCUUAUCUACCGAUUUAAAAGUAACAUUUGAUUUAGAAUCUGUGGAUAUAGCACCUACAUGGAUUCUAUUCAAAGUGCAUUCCACAAAUUAUGAUAUUUAAAGGUACACUGGAGGCACCAAAACAACUUUGGACUAAUGGAGCAAUUUUGCCAAUUUUCUGCCAAUAAGGAGUUAAAUUACUGUUUCUAUAGCUCCAGUCGCAACUACCUGCAUGUAACUUGCACAGCCUUAUAAACCCCUCCUGUAAAGGAAGAUCUAAAGAUGUUUAAACUUCCUUAAUUACACAUUCUGUUUAAUUUAGAAUUUCUUAUCUACUGCUGUGUUAAUAGUCAUCUAGACCCUGCAGAAGUCGCUUGUGUGUGAUUAAAGUUCAAUUUACAGAGCAGGGUAUAAAAACUUCUAAAGCAAGUUAACAUCUGACUGAAAGUGAAAUCAUUUUUCGUGUAGACAUAGAAACAUAGAAUGUGACGGCAGAUAAGAACCAUUUGGCCCAUCUAGUCUGCCCAAUUUUCUAAAUACUUUCAUUAGUCCCUGGCCUUAUCUUAUAGUUCGGAUAGCCUUAUGCCUAUCCCACGCAUGCUUAAACUCCUUUACUGUGUUAACCUCUACCACUUCAGCUGGAAGGCUAUUCCAUGCAUCCACUACCCUCUCAGUAAAGUAAUACUUCCUGAUAUUAUUUUUAAACCUUUGUCCCUCUAAUUUAAGACUAUGUCCUCUUGUUGUGGUAGUUUUUCUUCUUUUAAAUAUAGUCUCCUCCUUUACUGUGUUGAUUCCCUUUAUAUAUUUAAAUGUUUCUAUCAUAUCCCCCCUGUCUCGUCUUUCCUCCAAGUUAUACAUGUUAAGAUCCUUUAACCUUUCCUGGUAAGUUUUAUCCCGCAAUCCAUGAACCAGUUUAGUAGCCCUUCUCUGAACCCUCUCUAAGGUAUCAAUAUCCUUCUGAAGAUAAGGUCUCCAGUACUGUGUACAAUACUCUAAGUGAGGUCUCACCAGUGUUCUGUACAAUGGCAUGAGCACUUCCCUCUUUCUACUGCUAAUACCUCUCCCUAUACAACCAAGCAUUCUGCUAGCAUUUCCUGCUGCUCUAUUACAUUGUCUGCCUACCUUUAAGUCAUCAGAAAUAAUCACCCCUAAAUCCCUUUCCUCAGAUGUUGAGGUUAGGACUCUAUAAAAUAUUCUGUACUCUGCCCUUGGGUUUUUACGUCCAAGAUGCAUUAUCUUGCACUUAUCCACAUUAAAUGUCAGUUGCCACAAUUCUGACCAUUUUUCUAGUUUACCUAAAUCAUUUGUCAUUUGGCUUAUCCCUCCUGGAACAUCAACCCUGUUACAUAUCUUAGUAUCAUCAGCAAAAAGACAUACCUUACCAUCAAGACCUUCUGCAAUAUCACUAAUAAAAAUAUUAAAGAGAAUGGGUCCAAGUACAGAUCCCUGAGGUACCCCACUGGUGACAAGUCCAAGCUUCGAAUAUACUCCAUUGACUACAACCCUCUGUUGCCUGUCACUCAGCCACUGCCUAACCCAUUCAACAGUAUUGGCAUCCAAACUUAAAGAUUGCAGUUUAUUGAUAAGCCUUCAAUGUGCAACAGUGUCAAAAGCCUUACUGAAAUCUAGGUAAGUAAUGUCUACUGCACCACCCUGAUCUAUUAUUUUAGUUACCCAAUCAAAAAAAUCAAUAAGAUUAGUUUGGCAUGAUCUCCCUGAAGUAAACCCAUGUUGUCUCUGAUCUUGAAAUCCAUGUGUUUUUAGAUGUUCAUCAAUCCUAUCCUUUAACAUGGUUUCCAUCACUUUCCCCACUACUGAAGUAAGGCUUACUGGCCUAUAGUUGCCCGACUCCUCCCUAUUACCUUUCUUGUGAAUGGGCACAACAUUCGCUAACUUCCAACCUUCUGGGACUACUCCUGUUAACAACGAUUGGUUAAAUAAAUCUGUUAAUGGUUUUGCUAGUACACCACUAAGCUCUUUUAACAGCUUUGGGUGUAUUCCAUCAGGUCCCAUUGACUUAUUUGUCUUUACUUUUGACAGUUGAAAUAGAACCUCUUCCUCUGUAAACUCACGUGUAAUAAAUGACUAAUUUAUCCUCUUUCUUAACUGAGGUCCCUUUCCUUCAUUUUCAUCUGUAAAUACCGAACAAAAAUAUUAAUUGAGGCAGUCAGCUAGACCUUAUCUCCCUUCUUUUGUUUUUAAUCUAAUCCUUGUUUUACUUUUCUCUUCUCAUUUAUGUAUCUAAAAAAAGUUUUGUCCCCCUUUUUUACUGACUGUGCUAUUUUCUCUUCUGUGUGUGAUUUGGAAGCUCUUAUAACUUAGCCUCUUUCUGCCUAAUCUUAUAGAUCAUUCUGUCUUCCUCACUCUGGGUUUUUUUUAUAAUUACUAAAUGCUAACUUUUAGUUUUUUACUAUUUUGGCCACAUCUGUGGAGUACCACAGUGGUUUCUUGAAUUUUUUGCUUUUACUGACAAGCCUAAUGCAAUUUUCUGUUGCCUUCAGCAGUGCAACUUUUAAAUAAUCCCAUUUCUCUUGGACUCCAUUUAAAUUGCUCCAGUCUGACUCCUUUAUGACUCCUUUAAUGAGUCACAACCAGGGAGGUGUGGCUAAGACUGCAUAAACAGAAACAAAAGUGAUUUAACUUCUAAAUGGCAGAAUAUCAGAAAAUUGAGUAGUGAGCCUGCAAGGCCAUGGUCUAUACACCCAACCUGCUUCAUUGAGCUACAGUUCUUUAGGUGCCUAUAGUUUCCCUUUCAUUAUAGCAUACUUAUAUAUACUUUUAAAAUAUGUAAUUUUAAAGAAAAUUUGAUGAAAUUUCAGCCCCUAAGUUAGAAUUUAGUAUAUGGUUUCCAACAUCACAAAUGGCAAACCAAUAUAUUUAUAGAGAGGAUGAUGAUACCCCCCCUCCCCCCUGCCUGAGUACCGAAUUAUGGUUGUGCAGAGUAAUGGGUACUCCCCUCCACACGUUUACAAAGUAAUCCCACCUGCUUGUACCUAGAAUACUUAAUAAUCAAGUAUAAUCUCAAAAACACUGAUUUUGUUUUAAGACGAGACACAUCUUUACAUUUCACUAUGACAGUUUUCACUAAGUUUUCAAAUUUUUCAUAUUUUCAUUUUUUUUCUUCAAAACAGGCUUGUUUCUGUGAUGAUCAUGCUCGAAGUAAAGUUUUCAAGGCUGAGAAGGGAAAGCCCCCACCAUGCCCUAAAUGUGGCCAUGAGACACAGGAGACAAAGAACUUAAGCAUGUCAAGUAAGAGACCUCAUUUUGAUUCUAUGUUUAAAGUUUCUUCUGCAACAUUCCUGAUUCGUAAGCAUUCAGUAAAUUAACUGAAAUCAGCUAGCUAGCUUGUGCAAACAAACAUAAUUUGAUAAUUAUUUGAAGUAACAACCAUUAAAAGUUAAUAAAAAUCCAUAUUUUAACACAAUUGCAAUAUUCACAGAGAUCACACUCCAUAUUGUCUUUCUUUUCAUCUUUAUUCAAAAGAUAUGUACAACUAGUCCUUUUUGUAAAAUGCUUGUAGAAAAAAGCAAUGUAUUCAGUCAUAUAGUUUUUUUCUUCCAUUUGUCAUUUAAAAUGUUAAAACUGUAGUGUCUGUGCAUAAUUGUUUAUCCAUUAGUGCUAUGCUGUGCUAAAGGGUAACAUAACGUGUGUCUGUCUGUCUCACACUCUUCUUUAACCACUUGUUACCAUCAGUGGUUAAAUUAGAUUUUUCAAAUGAAUAGAUACUCAAAGCAAAGCGUUUUCAGUCUUCAGUACAGGUACAAAAUGUGUGUAACACUGUCAGGGUUUAUUCACUAAAGUGAUAAGUGACAGGAAUUUAAAGUGAAUUUCAAAUUUAAGCCCACAGUAGCAGAUUUGGACACAUUCUCGGAGUCAGGUAUGCUUCCAGUUCAGCAAUUUUGGUCUACAUUUUGAAAUUCAAUUUGAAUUCUCACUUCAAUAAUAAAAAAUUGACCCAAGUAUAAAAGUAUCCUUACUAGUUAUACAUAAGUAAACAUUGAAAUUCUAAUUAAUCAAGUCCUAACUUAUUUAUUAUCACAUGCAUAUAUAAUUAGAUUGGAUGUGGCUCUAUAUACUUAAAUGUUGGAGCGUAGAUUUUCUGUUGCAUGAAAGUCAAUCCUCUGUCUAUUUUUCUUUUCUUUUUUUUUUUUUGUAGCACGCUCCCUGAAAUUUGGCAGGCAGUCGGGUGCAGACGAUGAAGAUGGUGCUUCUGGAUAUGAAGACUACUGGAAAAAUCUUGCAUCUGGUGGUAAUAAUUAUGAAUAUGAUGAGGAAGAAGAUGAUGAGGAUGGAGAUGAUGAAGAAUGUGGUGAUGAUGAUGAUGGGGAAAAGGACUCUGACACAGAGGCCUCUGAGCCAUUUAGUCACUUGAAUUUAGGCAGAACGUACGCCAGUGGCUAUGCCCACUAUGAGGAGUCCCAGGACUCAUGAAGAUGCAAUGUAAAUACAUGCAGUUUAGUCAGAGGGAAGUAAUCUCACAAACUAGUUUCACUGACUGGUUUUAAAACAGUAUGCCUCUUCGAAAAAUAUUUCGGAUUGCAGUACUAUAACACAUGUUUGUAAAGUAAUGCAAGUUCCCCGUUACAUCUUAAAGUAACCGUGUCAUUAUUUUUGUUUUAUCUUUUAAUUUUAUUUUCCAUGAAUCUUGAUAACUAUAAAGGUAAGUGGCAUGGUAGGGAAUAUAGUUAUCUUGUUUUCAUUGUGCCCUAUCGAAGUAUACAGACGCCACCAUUUUGUUCUCCUCUGUUCAUGAUGUCUACAGUUUGCCCUUUUGUGGGAUUCUUUUGACGGAUUGUGGGUAAAUUAAAUUUGCAACUGCAACUGAAAUACAACUUUGAUUAAACUCUGCCCAUUGCUAAAAACUUGCCAAAGAUAAAAAGUAGUCCUUUAUUUCAUGCAUACCUUAAAAAACAGGUGAUUUUUGAAAAAUCAAAAACAAGGCAACCAAGCAGACACAAAGGGGUUAAUUUACAAACAAAAUCUGCAAAGUGACAGGAACUUUAAGACCUAUCUCUGACAACCAGUAGUGCAUUAUACAAUUUUAUUGCAAGUAGGUAUCCUCACUCACCUUAAAAAAGAGCAGAUUGAUUUGCUGAUAAUGUAGGUCAAUCUUUAAUUUGUAACUGGUGCCCAGUUUACACCUUUCUUCUAGUUUAUGUAAUUUGGUUUUGCAGAGAUCAAUAUAUCUACCAUUUCCUUGAGGAAAAGGAGGGAGACAUUUUUUACAAAUGUUUAUACCAAGCCAUGUAUAUACAGGGUUAUAAGUAAAGAGUGUUAAAGUGACUGUGAUAGUAAAUAUUGGAGGGAUCGAUCUGCUGUUUACAUUUCUCAGUAAACCUAGAUUUCUGUUUUCUGUUUUCUUUUGCCUAUGGGCACUUUGGAUAUUUGCAGUGUAUCUGCAUACCACUUACCUGGUGUGUAGCCUUCAUAUGCAGUGUACAAGAUCUUUACAGGUGUUUGAUUUUAAAUAUUUUUUUGGGUUGUUCAUUUUUAAAAAAUGUUUUCAUUUACCAUUCACACUUAAAGGGUUAUUCCAAGCACCAUGACCAUUUCAGUGCCUUGAUGUAGUCAUGGUAUCUAGAGUCUAUAUGUGCAGUAUUUCGCUAUGAACUCUGGCAGCAUGAUUAGUUAGCCCAGAACAAAAGUGUGUGCUGGCUUAUGUAAAUUUUGUGCAAAAUUGGUGUUUGACAACAGCAUGCAGAACAUGCUGACGCCAGACAGCCAAUGGCGGCACGUCCUCCGUCCUCCCUGAAAUUCAUCUAGAGAGGUAGUGAUUUCAGCCAAGGUGGAUCGGGCUGUGGGAGAAUUUAACCUCGGCAAAGGAAAUAAAGGUAAAUUUUAGGAAAUCAUCUGAGGUUCACUAGAGAUAUGUUUUUCAAACUAUUUACCUCUCUUAUUUAACCAAUAUCCAUAUCUAUCAAGCAAACUGGUACUGGGUUACCAUCAAAGCUUGGACCUUUAUUGUGAUUAUAAAACACCAUUCAGAAAGUAAUGCUGUAUUGAACUGCUUCAUCUUAUCCACAUUUAUUUGUAUAAUCUAUUUUAUUAAUUACUCAAGUAGAUGGUGUUGUUGAAUUUAGACUAUUCUGCAAAGUUAUAUAUUUUUUUUGGUAUUUUACUGUAUGUGUUAUGAGGCAUUGUUGUUUUAAGAACCUGUCAAAGUAAAGUCCGAUAUGAUUUCAAUUUCUUGGUCAUCAUGAUAAUUGAUUCAUUGUAGAGAAAAGCAUACAUGAGACUUCUAGAUUGUAUUUGAAUUGCAUCAAUAAAAUUAUAGUAAUCUUGAACUAGAAUAA